UGAUCACAAUGCGAGCGUUCUAGUUUUGUCGCGUCGCUGGCAGUUAAAAAGUUUAAGGGGUCAGAUACUCUAAACAUGUCCAGAACAGAGUAGAGUUCAGUAAAUUUACAGAGGUUAAUGAUUCAGGCACUGCCCUGGGACACCUAAGAAACGCUGUUUACAGCUAUCUCUUCCGCGUUGGCAAGAUUGCAGGUGCUUUGUGUGUUUCUCCACGUCAUUCUCUCACCAGAGUGUUUAAUAAUCCCUGUUACUCACAUCAACUUCAGUUCAUAGAUGAACACUCACAGCACAGCUAUGUCAUCACUGGAUUCUGAUGACAGCUACGAUUUCGUCUUUAAAAUAGUUCUUGUCGGAGAUGUCGGUGUUGGCAAAACUUGUGUGGUUCAACGUUUCAAGACCGGUAUAUUCAUCGAAAAACAAGGAAACACUAUCGGAGUGGAUUUUACCAUGAAGACGUUGGAAAUACAGGGGAAAAGGGUUAAGUUACAGAUUUGGGAUACAGCCGGACAGGAGCGGUUUCGCACCAUCACACAGAGUUAUUACCGUAGUGCCAAUGGUGCCAUUAUCACUUAUGACAUCACAAAGAGAGCCUCUUUUCUUUCUGCACCAAAGUGGAUGGAGGAUGUAAAGAAAUACGGUGGUUCCAACAUUGUUCCUCUUUUAAUUGGUAAUAAAUCAGACUUGACCGACUUGCGUGAAGUUACCUUUGAGGAUGCGCAGACCAUGGCUGAGCAAUUGGAUUGUGUUAAUACCAUUGAGACUUCAGCCAAGGACUCUAGUAAUGUGGAAGAGGCUUUUAACAAAAUGGCAACUGAGCUCAUCCUCAGACAUGGCGGGCCCAUGUUCAAUGAAAAUGUGACGGACAGCUUUAAACUUAACAGCAAGGAUGUGACCAAGAGAUGCUGCAUUGUAAGGAUGCACUGGAGUGAUUCAGAGUAUGCACAGGACAAGGAACCAGAUUAUGAUGGACCCACAGAACAGCACCAUCUGAAUUUCCUAUCCCUGAUAACUGUGAUUAAUUCUGAUUACCAAGGGCAAAUUCUCAUGGUGUCACAAAGCUUGUUGCACAUUUUUUCCAUGUGUUUUUCUUUUUUAUCAUAACCACUCUAAAUAAUAUAUAUAAAAUUAUAUUAAUACAUUCUGUUGUUUAUUUUAAACUUGUUAAGGUUUCAGUGUGCUGAAACAUCAGUGAUAAAGUAGUUUUGUACUGUAGUGAUUGCCCAUGGACCUUAGUCAGGGUAGACUAUUUUAAUUUGAAAAAAUGAAAACAAUGUUUUGAGGGAUAGAUUUACAGUACAGUCUGUUCAAAUACACUAAUGGCCAAAAGUUUGGAAUAAUGUACAGAUUUUGCUGUUUCAAAAGGAAAUCAGUACUUUAAUUCACCAAAGUGGCAUUCAACUGAUAACAAAGUACAGUCAGGACAUUACUGAUGUAAAAAACAGCACAAUCACUAUUUGAAAAAAUGAAUUUUUUUAUCAAAUCUAGACAGACCCCAUUUCCAGCAGCCAUCACUCCAACACCUUAUCCUUGAGUAAUCAUGCUAAAUUGAUCAUUUGGUACUAGAAAAUCACUUGCUAUUAUAUUAAACACAGCUGAAAGCUAUUUGGUUCAUUAACUGAAGCUUAACAUUGUCUUUGUGUUUGUUUCUGAGUUGCCACAGUAUGCAAUAGACUGGCAUGUAUUAAGAUCAAUAUUAGGUCAAAAUGGCCCAAAAGAAACCGCUUUCUCUAGAAACUCAUCAGUCAAUCAUUGUUUUGAGGAAUGAAGACUACAAUGCUUGAAAUUGCACAAAAAAGAUUUCAUACAAAGUUGUACACUACAUUCUUCAAAGACAAAGGACAACUGUCUCUAACAAGGACAAAAAGAGAUGUGGAAGGCCAAAUGUACAACUAAACAAGAGGAUAAGCACAUCAGAGUCUCUAGUUUGAGAAGUAGACGCAUCAUAUUUCCUCAGCUGGCAGCUUCAUUGAAUUCUACCCACUCAACACCAGUUUCAUGUACAACAGAAAAGAGAAGACUCAGGGGUGCAGACCUUAUGGGAAGAAUUGUAAAGAAAAAGCCACUUUUAAAACAGAAAAACAAAAAGAAAAGGUUAGAGUGGGCAAAAAAAACAGACAUUUGCAACAGAUAAUUGGAAAACAGUGUUAUGGAUCUUAAUCCCAUUGAGCUUUUGUGGGAUCAGCUUGACUGUAAGGUGCGUGAGAAGUGCCUGACAAGACAGCCACAUCUAUGGCAAGUGCUACAGGAAGUGUGGGGUGAAAUGUCACCUGAGUAUCUGGACAAACUGACAGCUAGAAUGAUGAGAUGAGAACUCUUUGAAGUAGUUUAAGAAAUUUAAAAAAAAUUAAAUUGUAAUAGUCAUUUUUCACUUUAUUAAUGUCCUGACUAUACAUUGUGAUCAGUUGAAUGCCACUUUGGUGAAUAAAAGUACCAAUUUAUUUCCAUAAGAGCAAAAUCUGUACAUUAUUCCAAACUUUUGGCCACCAUUGUAGUUCCCCAAAACAAUUAAUGUGGACAUUUUUAAUCACCCUCAUAUUGCCCCAACCUUUUUUUUUCUUCUUUACUUACAUUGAAAGUGAAUGGUAAUGCUUUCAGUUCCUAACAUUCUGCCCAUCUACAAAUAUUUUCAUUUUUGGGUGAACUAACAUUGUAAGGUUGCAUCAAAUCAUUGUAAACUGUGUUUCCAAGAGUUUUUUUGUCAAAAUGUUUUUUUUUAUAAAGACAUAUUUACAGUGUUCGCCAAAUGACCGUUCUACACCAAGUUAUUCAGUACAAUCUAUCCCUCACAGCCUCAUGUUCAUUUACGUCAUCAAAUUAAAUAUGGUGACUUCCCUGACAGAUCCAUUGAUUUAUUUAUUUUGCUAAUGGUUUCUUAACUGUUGCAAGACCUUGGAACAGUAACUCACUAUAUUUCCUAUUAUCUAUACUUCCAAAUUUUAGAGCAACUCAAGAUUUCAAGAAGUGUUCCAAGCACUGAAUCUGUGAAAUUAUUGGAGUGGACGUUUGCACAAAGCACGGUUUGAGUAUAAACGAGACUGACAAGACUAAUCACUGCAUUGUGUCUUCCAUGGAAGAAAAUGUCUUUAGGUUUUCACCAAUACUGAACAAAAUACUUACUUGCUCUAUAAAUUAUACUUUUGAAAACUGGCCAUUAAAGGGACAGUUCACCUAAAAAAUGUCUAGCAUGUAUACGUUAUUCAGAUCAGAACUGGUGUCUUUCGUGCACAUGAUAAGGAUUAUGAACAAAUGGUCUCCCUAAUUUAAUAUUGUGUUACGGAUGUGACAGUUACAGACGCUUUAUAUCAAAUCAUAUGGAUAUCAAUGGGAGAAAUCACAAACUCCAUGGCUCGUUCUUUCACUAUGAUGAUUCAGAUACUUUACAUUGCAGACUAUUGCUUUGACCUGUCACAUGUUUAUGACCUGUCACAUGUCUAUACAUAUUGUCAUCGAAUAAAUCCGCUGCUCAGUGUGUGCCACAGACACCUGCUAGAGAGAGCCACUCCUUCAUUCAGUAGCAAUGAAUGUGGACUAUAUUUGAAAAUGCAAUGAUUGUGAUUUCAGUCGUAUUUCAAUCAGUCGUGCAACCUGAAUAGGCGUCAUACCAGAGGUCAUGUUGCAGAGGUCGAACCAUCUAACAAAGCUUUUUUAUAUAUAUAUAUAUAUCUAUUUCCACGUCCAUUUUUAUCACUUCCGUAACACAAGUUUAUUUUCUGAUCUAAACUUGGGGGGACCUCAAUUAUUUGAUUAAGCGUUGUGUCAUGUAUACUUGGACAGAUAUAAAAACACUGUAGCUCGACUAAUCAAAAGCCCGCUCUAGCUCGAUUAGAGCAUGACUGAAAGUCUUGUUUGACCACUGUGGUCUCCUUUCACUUUCAUAGAAUAGAGCAGCUUGGACAUUCUGUGAUAAACCACUCCAUAACUUAUUUUGUGUCCCCCUGAAAAAAAAAUUAUAUGGUUUGGGACCAUUUUGAACUGAAGGUAAGAAAAUUAUGACAGAUUUUAAUUUCAGAGUGCACUAAACAUAGUAUCAUCAGCCAUGGACCAAUUUCACCAAUGUUUUAAUGAAAUGUUUGCAUUUUAAGAUGGGCUUGUGUUGGGCUGUUUUCCGUACAUGGAUAUCUGCCAUACUCUUGGGGAAAUUGGUUUGCAAACUAGGUUUACUGUACCCCCCUAUCAGUUGCCAUUGUUGGUCUACUUAUUUGAUUUGAAUAAUGUAUAAUGUAAUGUGUGUAUAUAUAAACGUGACAUAAUACCAGAAGAGCCCAUUUAUUGGGGCGGCUGUGGCUCAGACAGUAGAGCGGGUCGGCUGCCAAUCGCAGGGUUGAUGGUUUAAUUCCCGGCCCACAUGACUCCACGUGCCGAAGUGUCCUUGGGCAAGACACUGAACCUCAAGUUGCUCCCAAUGGCAGGCUAGCACCUUGCAUGGCAGCUCUGCGGCCAUUGGUGUAUGAGUGUGUGUGUGAUUGGGACACAGUGUAAAGCGGUUUGGUAACCUCUAAGGUUAAAAAUAGCGCUAUAUAAGUGCAGACCAUUUACGAUUUAAAAAAAGCUUGACUUUUCUGGCAACCUUUUUGAACUGACAAAUGGGCAUUGUUAUUUUAUAUUCAUUCUGCAUUCAUGUGAACAUGCCACAAAAUCUUGUUAAAUUAAAAUAGUUUAUUAUACCAGCUUUUUAAAAGCAAAAGUUAGUUUUACUGUUUAAUCUAAUGUUUUUCUGAUAAUAUUCUACCACAAUUAUUAUUUGCAACAAGGUUGCACUGAAUAAUUAUAAAAUAGUGUCAGUAGCGGUUUCAUCUCAAAUGAGCAGUAACCAGAGCCAUUUUAAAUGCAAUAUCUUAUCUUCUAUUUAGAUUUGCAAUAUUUUCUUAUGGUUAAAAGCUCAAUUUGGUACUUUAUAUAUAAUAUACAUAUAUAUAUAUAUCAAUCAGCUAUAUAUAUAUAUAUCA